AUGGAUAAUUUUAAUGGCGAUUAUUGGAAGAUCACAAAUGACAAAAGGCCUCGAGUUAACACCAGCAAAUUUCUUUCUGACCUUAUUGUCCAUGAAAAAGUACAAAAAAAUAAUGAUUCUUCGAAACCCUCAACAAAAAUAAAAGAAAUAACUGUAAAAAAUGAAACAGAUGAUAAUAAUAUAAAUAAUAAUAUAAACAAUACAAAUAAUAUUAAUAAUAAUGAAACUUCAAUUCCAACAUCUGUUUCUUUUUCAUCAACAUCAUCAAUCGACAAUACUAUUGAUAGUAAUUUAAAUAAAAUAGUCACUAAUAAUAAUAAUAUCAUUGGGGCAGAAAUUAAAAUUGAACCAAUGGAAGCUAACAUAGCAACUCCAUCAAGUUACAAUAAUGAUACAAAUAUCGGCAAUAAUAACAAUAGCAAUAGUAUCAAUAAUAAUAACAAUAACAAUAAUAACAAUAACAAUAACAACAACAACAAUAAUAAUAAUAAUAAUAAUAAUAAUAAUAAUAAUAAUAAUAAUAAUAAUAAUAAUAAUAAUAAUAAUGAAAAUUUUUUAAAAAGUAAAAAAUUUGAUGAUAAAGAUAAAGAAAAUAAAAAUAUUGAUACAAAUAUUUUAAAUAAUUUACAAAAUACUCGUCAACCAUUACAAACAGUACAACCAGUACAACCAUUGGUAAAAAUCACCAAAAACCAUGAUAAUAAUAAAAGUGAUUUACAAAAUGUUCGUCAACCACUACAACCAUUACAAUCACAUCCACAUCAAAAUUCAAAUCAAGAAAAUAAAAGUAGUAUUAUUAUUAAUCAAUCAAUUGGUAAUGAGUUAGUACAAUUCAAUUCAAAAAAACCACAAAAGAAAAAAUCAAGAUUAGAAUCAACAUUGGAUGGAAUUUAUUGGUAUUUCGAUCCAAAUAAACCAAGAACUAGACAACCUUCAAUUAAAAUCGAACAACCACAAGAACAAAAAUUAAAUAAACCAACUACUACCACUACUACCACUAAUACCACUGCCACUACUACCACCACCACCACCACUACAAGUAAUAAUAAUAAUAAUAAUAAUAAUAAUAAUAAUAAUAAUAAUAAUAAUAAUAAUAAUAAUAAUAAUAAUAAUAAUAAUAAUAAUGAUAAUAAUUACAAUGAAAUUAAAAAGGAGAAAAAAGAAACAAUAAAAGAAAUAAAACCCAAAGAAAUAAAGGUUAAAAAAGAGAAUAAAGAUGAAAAGAAACCAUCAUUAUUUGAAACAAUUAAAAAAAAUAUUAGUGGAAAGUUUGAAAAGAAAAAAACAUCUAAAAUAACGGCUAAAAAUCCAUUAGCUUCAUCAUCAUCUACAAUUCCAACACCAACAACAACAACAACAACUACUACUACUACUACUACAACAACUGCUGCAGCAACAUCAACAAAUGAAACAACCACAGACAAUAAUCAACGAAUUAAGGUAUCAUUUGUUUUAUCACCAUCUAAACAAGAUAAAGAAAUUAGAUAUGAAUUUAUAUUAUUAAAAGAGAAAUUACCAAAACUAAACUUUAACAUUAAAGAGGAAGGAGAAAAUGAUGAUAAUAAUGGUGAUGAAUUGCCAUCAACACAAAGUAAUGAAGAGAAAGAAGAGGAAGAAGUGGAAUAUGAUGAAAAUGGUGGAAGAAUUUUAAAUAGAACUAGAUCGCUUGUUGGUAUUAAAAGUGAUGAUUUUGGAAAUCAUCAACAUUACUUUGACAGCGCAAAAAAUGAAGGAUUUAAAGUAUUUGAAAAAUUGGAUCCAAAUAUCAAUAUAUUUGUAGGUGGUAAGAAUUGUUUAAACAAUUUGGAAUGGUUGGAAAAGGAGAAUAUCAAUUCAAUCUUAAAUGCAACCAUUGAAGUCUCUUUACCAAAAUCAUUGGAGCAUUUAAAGUUCUUUCGUGUCUCUGUUUCAGAUUCAAUCGAUCAACCAAUUAAUCGUUACUUUAACGAUGCAAUUGAAUUCAUUCAACAAUCAUUGACAAAUUCACCAUCAUCUUCAAUAUUAAUUCAUUGUAAGGAAGGUAGAUCAAGAUCAACUACAUUGGCUGUAGCUUUUGGAAUGAAAGCUUUGAAAUUAUCUUUAAAGGAUUCUUAUGAAUAUGUCAAAAACUCUGCACCACGUAUAAAUAUUAAUACAGGUUUUCAAUUCCAAUUAAUGGAAUAUGAAAAAUCUUUAUAUGGUUAUAAUUCAUUUAAUCUUUUAGGUACUCGUAAUAGAAGAGCUUUAUCAUCUUCAAGAUAA